AUGUUUUUGCGAUCGAGAAGUAAGCUAAAAAACAAAUUUGAUUUAUUAAUAAAGGAAAGUCGGUAUAAAGAUAACAAUAACCAAAGAAAGUACAAGUUUAUGAAAGAGGUAACACUUAAUUUAUGUACUGAUAAUAUCCCAACACAUCACAAAAAAUUACUUGAUUUAGGACCUAACUUUGUUCCUAUUCCGAAUAAAGUUCCAUAUAUGGAUACAAUAAGUAUAACUGAAACGGCAGCUUUAAAGUUAAAGUAUUCAAAUAAAAACACUGAUGCAAAUAAACUUAGACAAGAUGUGCUUCGAGUUUUGAAAAUGCAUAAACCGGUUUCUACAAAUUUAGAUAAAAAUCAGAUUAAAGCUCUCAAAGAACUUAAGUCUAACAACACAAUUAAUAUUUAUCCGUUUGAUUAA